AUGCACUACCUCAAACGAGGCUUUCGAAAGAAGCAGAUAGCCUGCCGUAAGGGGUGCGAAGAUGCCGGCAACGUGGCGCUUGGCGGCCGGCGAGGAGCACCACGCCGGGGUGCCGGAGGCAUUGGCCGCGAGGAAGAGCUCGCACUCGACGACCCUGUCGAGGACGAUGACGACGCGUCCUGGGACGGGCUGGACGUGAUCGAGGGCUUCGGGAGCGACGUCGGCAAGCGACCACUCGCGCCAUGCGUUGCCAGAUGCAUCUCGCCCUACUGCUACGACCUCGAAUACAACCGACCGUUGGAGCCUGGAGAAGUGGAUGAGCGAUACGACUUCUUCCGGAAGUGUUUCACUCUGGAGGCCGCGGAGGCCCGCAAGCGCGAGCGGACGCGACUCUACGACGAAGACGAAGACGAGUGA